UUAUUGCAGCAACUCGUUCAGACACACAUGUGCGAGAAGAAUACCUGAAGCAAAGCAAAGCGAAGCAGAUCGAAACACUCAAUUAAAUAUAUUUAAACUUUGUGAUAUAUCCAUUUUUUUACUGUGUGAGUGAAUGUGGUGAAGUGCUAUUCCUUGAACGCGAGACAAUAAAGAAAUUCAACAGUUACAAAGUGCAAAGAGCAGGCUCAACGUGAACGUUACAAAGCAAACUCAAAUACCGUUUGACCAAGUGCCAAAGACGCUUUGCCGAAAGAGCGCGAAGAGAAGAGAAGAAUCAAAGAGAGUCUGCGAGAUCAGAGCAAACGGGAAAGAAAGUUCGCAGCCAGCAACAUGACUACCAAAAUGGCAAUAAACGCAAAGGAUAUUUUCCGCAAUCAGCAUCGAAUGAUCAAGUUCAUUGCGCACUCCAUUCGACUGUGCAGCAACCAAUCGCUGAAGGCCGCCCAGGCCGCCCAGCAGCUGCAGCAGCAAAAGUCCUCGGUGGACUUUGAGAUCACCGCCUCGGUGGACACACAGUACACACAUGCCCCGGAGCCCGUUAAGCACGACAAGGAUCUGGGCCAUCAGUUCAAGGCCUCACAGAUGACGGUGCGACUGGCCACGCCGCAGCAGCUCCAGCCGAAGCCGGACAACGAUGAGGAGCUGGGCUUUGGCCGCCUCUUCACCGAUCACAUGCUCAAGAUCUACUACCACAAGAGCCUAGGCGGCUGGCAGAAGCCAGAGAUCACGCCGCUGGAGAACCUCGUCAUGCAUCCCGCUGCCAAGGUCCUGCACUACGCCGUUGAGCUCUUCGAGGGCAUGAAGGCGUACCGGGGUGUCGAUGGAAAGAUCCGCAUCUUCCGGCCGGACAUGAACAUGGCCCGCAUGAACCUCGCCGCCCAGCGCUCCGGCCUGCCCACCUUCGAGGGCAAGGAGUUCGUUCAGUGCCUGUCCCGCCUGCUGUCCAUCGACUCGGAGUGGGUGCCGCACACGGACACUGCCAGCCUCUACAUUCGCCCCACACUCAUUGGCAUCGACCCCACGUUGGGUGUGGCCUCCUCGGACUCUGCCCUGCUCUACACAAUCCUCAGUCCGGUUGGCAGCUACUUCAAGACGGGCUCCACGGGCGCCGUCUCCCUGCUGGCCGAUCCCGCCUACACACGCGCCUGGCCCGGCGGCGUUGGCAACCGCAAAAUGGGCUCCAACUACGCUCCCACGAUCAAUGUGCAAAAGGAGGCGGCGUCACGGGGCCUGCAGCAGGUGCUCUGGCUGUACGGUGAAGACCAUCAGCUGACCGAGGUGGGCACCAUGAACAUCUUCAUGUUCUACGUGAACGAUCAGGGAGAACAGGAGCUGGUGACGCCGCCACUGAAUGGCCUCAUCCUGCCCGGCAUUACACGCGACUCCAUUCUGAACAUGUCCCGCCAGUGGGGCAAGUUCAAGGUGAGCGAGGCCAACAUCACAAUGCCCAUGGUCUGUGAGCUGCUCAACCAGGGAAGGCUGUUGGAGCUCUUUGGCGCGGGCACUGCGUGCGUGGUUAGUCCCGUCAAUCGAAUUAAUUAUCUCGGCCAGGACCUGUACGUGCCCACCAUGGAGCAGGAGAAGCCCGUGCACGAGCUGAUCCGCGAGACGCUCACCGACAUCCAGUACGGCCGUGUGGACCAUCCCUGGUCGGUGGUGAUUGAUUAAGCAGCUCAGUUCAGUUGUCUCCCCAUCCCAUAUACCUUAUGCCUAUGCCCAAUCCCUUAUCCCUAUCCCCCAGUCCUUCCCCUUCCCCUUCCCCUGUACUGUGUAUUAGUAGGAUUUAGUUGAGGACAAUGAGUGUUUCGUGGAUGCUCGAAUUUCGCUUGCAUUUAUCCGCAUUUAUUGUAGACCAUAAAGCGAUGUCUACCGAUAAGUUGAGGCGGGUCGACCCUAUAUAGAUGUCUAUAUAACAUUCGACUAUGUUUGCCCCUAGUUUGUAUAUUUAUUUAUUUAUAUUCUAUGGAAUCGAUUUCCAUUCAAUUUGCUUAUUGUACAUAUUCCAAUCGGUUGAAUGAUAUUUAUAGAAUUUCCUCUUUUUUUCCCCAUUCUGUUUUUAUUUUAAUCUCUUUUUUGUUUGUAUUUAAUUUGUUGCUUGUUCGAGUCAACGUUUUUGCGCUUUUACUUCCAAGCAGUAUCGAAAAUCAAGUCAGGAAAUGAACCAUCUUCAAAAGAGUUUUAGAUUGAAAGCAAAAAAGAAAAAC